UUUACUUUCCUCUUUGUUUUGAAACUUAAAAACACAGUCCCGCCGAACGAACUCCGAUAAGGGAGAGAGACAGAGAGAGAGAGUUUACCUACUCCUUAGUCUUGGUCCCACGCCCGCUUCUCCCUUUCUCGGUCGCCUUCGUUCAUGGCUUCGUCGCACCUACUCUUACUACUCUUGCUGUCUUCUCCGCUCGUGAUGGUGGCGGCGGCGGCCCAACCCCAGCCCAACGCCAAGCCUAGCGACACGGACUCCCUGACCAUCUUCCGGUCGAGGGCCGACGCCCACGGCAACCUGGCCGCUAACUGGAGCACCCCCGACGCCUGCUCCGGGCGGUGGCGUGGCGUCGGCUGCUCCGGUGGUCGCGUGACGUCGCUCGCCCUCCCUUUCCUGGACCUCCGGGGCCCCCUCGACCCUCUCUCGCAUCUGGACCAGCUCCGCCGCCUCGACCUCCACGGCAACCGCCUCAACGGCACCCUCCUCCCCCUCCUUCCCGCCCUCCCCAACCUCAAGCUGCUCUAUCUCUCCCAGAACGACCUCUCCGGCGAGAUCCCGCCCGCCGUCGGCCUCCUCACGCGGCUCCUCCGCUUCGACCUCUCCAGCAACGACCUCGGCGGGCCCAUCCCGGGCGACGCCCUCGCGAACCUCACCCGCCUUCUCACCCUCCGCCUCCAGAACAACCUCCUCUGCGGCCGCAUCCCGGAUCUGUCCGUGGCCCUCCCCCGCCUCGUGGAGUUCAACGCCUCCAACAACCAACUCUCCGGGAGGGUCCCCGAUGGCAUUAGCGCCCGCUUCGGGACGGCGUCCUUCACCGGCAACGCGGGCCUCUGCGGGCCCACCCCACCGCUGCCGCCAUGCUCGUUCAUACCGCGCGACUCUCCUCCCUCCUCUUCCUCCUCUCCUCAGUCGGUGGUGCCCUCCAACCCCAGCACCAGACCAGGCGCCUCAUCAAGCGUUAAUGCCAUGGGGGCUGGAGGAGGGGAGAGAGGGAGGCGCAGCAGAGAGGGGCUGAGCAGGGGCGCGAUCGUCGGCAUCGUCGUCGGGAACGCCGUGUUGCUGCUGGUGGUCCUGUCCCUGCUGUUGGCGUACUGCUGCUGCGUCAGGCAGCUCGGCGACAAGGAUGGCAGCAAGAUUGGCGGCGAUAGCGGGGAAGGCGAUUACCCCUCCACUCUGGAGGCGGCGGAGGAAGAAAAGCAAAGGAAGGGGGGCGGCAAAGACAGCGACGGCGGAGAGAGUGAUGGGGCGACAGCGCACAGCAAGUUGGUGUUCUUUGAAGAGGAGGAGGUGGAGGAGGACGGCGGCGGGGGGAAGCGGGGGGCAAGGAGGAAGCGGUUCGAACUUGAAGAGCUGCUGCGGGCGUCGGCAGAGAUGCUGGGGAAGGGGAGCCUAGGGACGGUGUACCGAGCGGUGCUGGAGGACGGAUGCAUGGUGGCGGUGAAACGGCUCAAGGACGCCAAUCCCUGCGCCCGCGCCGACUUCCACAAGUACAUGGACCUCAUCGGCCGACUGCGCCACCCCAACCUCGUCCGCCUCCAGGCCUACUACUACGCCAAACAGGAGAAGCUCCUCAUCUACGACUAUCUCCCCAACGGCAGCCUCCAUUCUCACCUCCAUGGCAAUCGGGGUCUGGGAAGGAUCCCGCUGGACUGGACGACCAGGAUCAGCCUGGUGCUGGGGGCGGCGCGGGGGCUGGCCCGCAUCCACGAGGAGUAUGGACCGUCCAAGAUUCCCCACGGCAACGUCAAGUCCUCCAACAUACUGCUGGACAAGAACGGCGCCGCCUGCGUGGCCGACUUCGGGCUGGCGCUGCUGCUGAACCCAGCCCACGCCACCGCCCGCCUCGGGGGCUACCGGGCCCCCGAGCAUGCCGACGCCAGGCGCCUCUCUCAGGAGGCCGACGUCUACGCCUUCGGGGUGCUCAUCCUCGAGGUCCUUACGGGGAAGGCGCCCGCCCAGUACCCCCCUCCCCCUCCUCCUCAUCAACAUCAUCGAAAUAGUAACAACAGCAUUAACAAUAGCAGCAGCAACAGCAUCAUCGGCGUCAGCUUGCCGGAAUGGGUACGGUCGGUGGUGCGGGAGGAGUGGACGGCGGAGGUGUUCGACGCGGAGCUGCUGCGGUAUAAGAACAUCGAGGAAGAGAUGGUGGCCAUGCUCCACGUGGGUCUGGCCUGCGUGGCCCACCAGCCCGACCGGAGGCCGGCCAUGUCGGAAGUGGUCAAGAUGAUCGAGGACAUCAGGGUGGAGCAGUCGCCGCUCCCCGAGGACGACCUCGACGACUCUCGCCUCUCCCUCUCGCCUUCACUCGCCACUGUCACCGAGGACGGUCGCCUCAGCUACUGAUCUCCAUCAUCCCUCCAGUUCUCGUUGUCUUUGUCUUGGCAGGAGGUAUUGUUUCUGUCGCUCUAGAAAAUGUCGGCUCUGCUUCCUUUCAUUAUCCCUCCGCUAAUCAGCGAGCCCCGCCCUGCCUCUACGAGGUGCUUUUGCCUGAACCAAUCGUUCUCAUCAGCGUUUUAUUUAUCUUUUUGGGCAAUGCUACAUGAUCCCCGAGCAACGAUUGCCUGAAUCAUGUUUGACUAUUUCCUAGAAAAUUAAUGGUGGUCGAUUAGAUCACUGGCAUGUCGGAUCGGACAAAUCGAUCAACGAUUUCAAUCCAUUAAGAGGUGCGAUUU